AUGGCAGUAGAAGAUCAAGAAGAAAGAACGCCUGAGACUACAAGCCAUUCAGAACCCAGUACGUCUAACGCGGGAAAACCUGCAGUGCCGCUAAACAUACCAUUCCCUAGACGUCUGAUGAAGAAGAAUGAUGAACAACAAUUCAAGUGCUUUCUUGAGCUCCUGAGGCAAUUGCAUAUCAAUAUUCCACUUGUAGAAGCCCUGAAGCAGAUGUCAACAUAUGUCAAAUUUUUUAAGGACAUCUUGACAAAGAAAAGAAGAGUUAGCGAAACGGAAGUAAUCACACUAACGCAGGAGUGCAACCCAUUAGUAAGCAACAGUCUACCAAAGAAACAAAAGGACCCAGGGAGCUUCUUAGUUCCUUGCUCGAUAGGAGGAUUGGAUGUGGGUCAUGCGUUGUGCGAUUUGGGAGUUAGCAUUAAUCUCAUGCCACUCUCAAUCUUUAAGAAACUGGGAAUUGGCGAAGCACAACCCACUUCUGUUACUCUUCAGCUCGCUGACAGAACUAUUAAGUGUCCUGAAGGAAAGAUUGAAGUCGUUCUGGUAAAGGUUGACAACUUUAUAUUCCCAGCAGACUUUAUUAUCUUAGACUAUGAAGCAGAUAGGGAGGUACCAAUUAUCCUUGGACGCCCCUUUCUAGCUACUGGAAAAGUUUUGAUAGACGUGCAUAAAGGAGAAUUAACUAUGUGCGUAGAUAAUCAAGAGGUGAAGUUUAAUGUGUUAAACGCAUUAAAGUUCCCAGACAGUGAAGAUUAUCACCUGAACAGUUUAGAGUUGCCUGAAGAAGAGACCCAUGUAUGCGAGGUCCUCGCGUUGGAGGAGAACCUGAAAGAACCAGAGCCGCGAAGUCUGAGUGAGCGGCGGACAAAACCAACGUGUCCAUCACUUGAGGAACCCCCAAAACUUGAGUUGAAAUCGUUACCUAGUCACUUGAAAUAUUCCUUCCUUGGAACAAACAAAACUUUACCUGUGAUCAUUUCCGCGAAGCUUACAGAGCCUAACGAGCACUCUCUCUUGUAUAUGCUGAAAAAGCACAUGCGUGCAAUAGGUUGGACGCUAGUGAAUAUCUGUGCAUAA